AUGGCAUUCACAGAAAUUGCAAACCUAAUUAGUUCAAAAAAUUUUAAAGCAAUUUUAGAUUAUUGUCAAAGACAAGAGAUUGAAUCAAAGAAUAUAGAUUUAAUUAAAAGUUAUUAUGGUGUUUAUCUCCUUUCAUAUUUAAUUAAUAAUGAUCUGAUAAACGCAAAACACCUUUGGAAAAGAAUACCAAAUGAUUUCAAACAAUCAAAUCAACAAUUAAAAAAUAUUUAUACAAUUAUUAAAUCAAUUUCCCAAACCAAUCCAACAAUAACAUAUACUUCACUUUCAAUUAAUAUUGGUGAUGACUAUACACCAUUUAUUACAACAUUAAAAGAAAAUUUCCAACAACGUACUUUUGAACUCAUUUCAAAUGCAUAUUCUUCAAUCACUGUUAAUGAUUGUAGUUCAUAUUUAGGUAUUUCACCAGAGGAUACAAUUAAAUUUACUACAUCCAAGUGUUGGGAACACGAUAAAGCUAGUAACACCUUAAAACCAGUUCCAAUUCAAAAACAAUCAUCGGAACUUCCAACUGGAAAUCAACAAAUUAGAAGUUUAACAAGUUAUGUACUCUUUUUAGAAAAAUCGACAUAA